UCGACGGUAGUUGAUUGCUUACUAAUCAAUAAAUAAUCCCAAUAUCAUAUCAUUGUUUGGAUCCACAUAGAGUCUUGAACAAUGCGGCGGCAAAGAUUAUCGUCGUCCUCGACUCUCUAGAUUAUAUCUUCGUAAAGAUAACUUUAUUUCUCACUCCAUACGGCUAGAAAGUUCAACCAAAUGGCAGCUCCCAACGAGACCUACGUCCCGGCAUUUCCUCCAAAACCGAAGCCCCACAUCUCAACCGGCAUCCCCUUUCCUGAUGCAUGUGCCCACCAUAUCAGAAACACGUUCCACGCCUCAAGGGUCUACAUAAUUGUAUCGAAGUCUAUUAGCAGAACAUCAAACUUCACCUCUCUACAGGAACGCCUGGGUGAUCUAGUUGUCGGCGUGCGGUAUGGGAUCAAGCCGCAUACCCCAUGGGAUGAUAUUCUGGAGAUCGUACAUGAUAUGCGAGAGAAAGAGGCAGAUAUCAUUGUUACACUUGGUGCUGGAUCACUUACUGAUGGAGCAAAAGUCAUUUCGUUUGUAUGUUAUUCCCAGCUGAUAUGAUAACUGCGACUACAUUUCCACAACACCACAAACCCACAAAGACUGGGAGAGUUGAUUGUGAUUUUCAGCAAUUGCCCCUGAUACCGAAUCCCCACAUCUUAAAGAAGCCAUGCACAACAUCUGACAUUUAAUCAGGCGUUGGCAAACAAUGUGUCUACCCGUGAUGGACUCUACUCCCUCUCAGCAGAAGCCAAGACGCCGAAUCUAAGGUCAUGUCAAGUUCCCGUAAUAAACAUACCAACGUCCCUUUCCGGCGGGGAAUACUCUCCUUUUGCUGGCGCAACCAAUAAUUUAACGCAUCAGAAAGUAUCUUUCAGUCACCCAUCCAUGAGUUCAUCUCUUAUUAUUCUCUCUCCAUCUCUAUGUAUCUCGACUCCUCAGCAUAUUUGGCUUAGCACAGGACUUCGGGCCGUAGAUCAUUGUGUCGAAGGACUGUGCUCACUUGAUAAGAAUGUUUGCGCCGAAAGCGACGAUGAGUUUUCGAGUGGAUUGAGAUUACUUGUGCCGAAUUUGUUGAUCACCAAGAAAGAUCCAAAGAAUGAGGAGGCGAGACUGAAGGAAAUGUGGGGUGUAGUAGAAGCAAUGAAAGCACUUGGCAGAGCAAUCCCAAUGGGCGGGAGCCAUGGAAUCGGACAUCAAUUGGGUCCACUUGGUGUUGGCCAUGGUGAGACGAGCUGUAUUAUGUUGCCGCCUGUGUUGAAGUAUAAUGCGAAGCAUGGUAGCAAUGACGAGCGUGUUGUUGAAGGCCAGAAAAAGGUGCUGAGGGUUUUGUGGGGGGAGGCGACCGUUAGAGAUGUACUCGAGAGGAGCGGAUUGAAAGAAGAAACCGCCGAUGCAGGCGAUGCGGUAGGUGCGAUAGUGAGCGAGCUUGGUAUGCCGAAGACUUUGAAAGACGUGGGCGUGGGUAGGGAAAGGUUGGACGCACUGGCGGAUAAUUGUUUAAAGGACAGAUGGUUACCCACAAAUGCUGUACCAUUGACUACCAAAGAGCAAGUGCUGGAGGUGUUGGAAAUGGCUUUGGGUUCAUAGUAUGGUCACCGGAAUUGCUGUUAUACUUGCUUCAACUUGAUUUAAACCUAUUAUUCAAAAAUAUUUGUUGAUGUUGUCUAGCGUACUUCUCGUCCGUCUCUCACAACAAUUGAAGUGCCUGCCUACCGCACGCAAAAUCUUAAAGUUGCACAAGGUAUGAAAAAAUAAUGGAUAUCUGAAGUUUUCAGCAAAAAUAAGCCCAAAAAAGCACAUUGAACAA